CACAAAAUGGCCAUGUCUACCGAGAUGCGAGAUCAUACGAGAGGCGAGAGGCCUGACGAUACCGAGCGCCAACAAGCAGUGGCUUUUCGGCGCGAUUUUGUAUGCCUCAGAACGCAUAACUGCUAUUACGGGUAUCAACCCAACCAACGAGUACGCCUCCACUUCUGAGGCCGCACUUGUAUUAAGAUGGGCAAUGAAGAUCCGAUAUGUCAUAGCAACUAGAUAGAAUCAGGCUACAAGAAACUGCCAGCACAAAGUCAGAUAUGUUCGGAAGUGUCGCCAGGUGGGCCGCCGCGGGAUUGCUCGUCGCCGCCGCCGUUCGAGCCGGUCUACCAGGAACAGUGGAACAUGCUCAUCAACUGACGGCCGAGAAUUGGGAGGAGAAGACACGGAAUGGGAUGUGGCUAGUGGAGCAUUUUAGUCCUGGAUGCGGGCAUUGCCGAGCUUUCGCUCCCACAUACGAGAAGCUUUCGGAGGAGAACAAAGACCUAGAAAAGAGUCGAGGGAUGUUCUUCGGGCAAAUCAAUUGUCAGGUGCAGGGAGAUCUCUGCAACUCCCACGAGAUCAAGUUCUACCCCCAACUGAAGCUCUACCAAAACUCGCAAGAAAUUGACCAAUACACCGGCGACCGCUCCCACGGCCACCUCACCGAAUACGUACAGGACAAGUCCCGCAUCUUCGCUCGGUCUUUGGCUCAGAACGUCUUGGUAGAGUCUGGGCGGGAAAAGGUUACGUCGGGGGUGAAUGCUGAGGGGAUCAGUGUGAAUGCGGGAGAGGAGGAGUUGGAUAGGAUGAUCAAGGAUGGACCGGUCUUCGUCAAGUUUUACGCACCUUGGUGUGGACACUGCAAGAAGUUGGCUCCAACCUGGGCUGAGCUAGGCACAGCGAUGAAAGACAAGCUCGCCAUCGCCGAAGUCAACUGCGAAGCACUACCCGCCUUGUGUAAGAAACACAAGAUCACCGGAUACCCUACCUUGAAUCUGUACAACGCAGGCGCCGUCAAGCCUUACAACGGGCCUCGAAAACUGAACAAGAUGCAAGAGUUCGCCUUGAACGCCAUCAUACCACCGACAUUGCAUCACGUCGAUGCUGAAGAGCUCAAGACAGUACAAAAGCGGAAGGACGUCUUUUUCCUUUUCCUCCAUACUUUCGGCACGAAACCUAACGAUCUGGCUAUGCUGAAAAAGACGAGCACUUAUCGAGCAAACGACGUUGCCUUCUACCAAUCCUCAGAUCCCGACAUCUUCGCUUCCUCCAAGAUCGACGGUACCAAAGGUAGCGUCCUGGCUGUUUUCAAGGAUCACAUGGACAAGCCCGUUUCGACCCUUUACUUCGACGAGGCCCACCCAUCGACCGACCAGAUCAACACGUUCAUCAUGUCCCACAAGUACCCAUUGGUCACCGAGCUCACGCCUGACAAUCACGAAGAACUCUUCAACUUGCCUACUAGGGCGCUGAUCGUCCUCGCCGCUUUGAAACCGGGUAGCAAGAACCGGAAAGAGUUCGAAUCUGACCUGGCGUAUUUUACCAAGGUCUCCCGAGCAUGGCAAAAGGGUGGUAGACAGUUCUCCCAGCCGGUUCACUUCGUGUGGACCGAUGCGACGAGGCAAUCCAAGUGGUUGAAGCACACUUAUGGUGUCAACCCGAAGAAGCUCCCGGCUGUCGUCUUGAUUGACCCACCUCUCAACCAAUACUACGAUACGACACUCGAACGGGACUCGCUCAAGUUCGACGGGGCUAGCAUCUUUUCUACCUUGGAGGGGAUGUACCAGCAUUUCUUGAUUCCAAAGGCUGCUAGUUCGGCUCUAGAAAGGGGUUCAAAGCAAUUCGAAGACGGAGUGAUGGGUUUGAUGAAAAUCGUCGCCCGGCAUCCAUUCUUGACGUUUUUCAUCCUAGGGGCCUUUAUCGCUUUUGCGAUCUUUGGCUUGGGACGAUUCAUCGAUUACGACUUGAACAAGACGAAUGCGGCGAAUUCAAGGUUAGAUUGAUGUGGCUGUCAUUAGCGUUCCGUGGAGGUUGUUGUAGCAUUAGACAUUGUUAUUAUCGGAUGGCUUGAGACAAAGGCUUGGAGCAUUUAUCCAGACGCAUCCUCAGUACGAGGGGG